GAUUUACGUUCGAUUGGCACAAACUACUCGUCGCUGAUUGGCGAACGUGCUGAAAAUCGGCUGAAGAACAGAUACACAAAUAUACUUCCGUAUGAUCACACAAGAGUUAAGCUGAUAGAAAUGAACGAAGAUGACGAGGAAGACAUUGGAUCAAGCUACAUUAACGCAAAUUAUAUUUCAGGAUAUACCUCACCAAGAGAGUACAUAGCAACCCAAGGGCCUCUACCGACAACAAAAGACGAUUUCUGGAGAAUGGUUUGGGAACAGAAUACGCAGACUAUAGUUAUGAUUACCCGGUGUGUUGAGAAAGGAAAGGUGAGAUGUGAUCAUUAUUGGCCAUUUGAUUCCGAUCCGACUGAAUAUGGGGACAUUACGGUUACCAUGGCUUCAGAAUCUGUUUUACCAGAAUGGACUGUACGAGAUUUUACUCUAGAGCUG